CGUGCCCGGACCGCACGCGCCAGGUGGCCGCGCACGGAACGCCACCCCGCACCCCCAGACCCGCUCCCGAGCGUCGAGUGACGGUGGUGUGACGCCGGAAGCUUCGCAGCGAGCCGGGUCCAUAGGGGCUCUCGCACCGCGUUGGUGACACCCAGUGACCGUUGGUGAUCGGCGGGUAAUCCAGGCGUGACCUAAAGCUGGACAGUGAGGCGCUCUUCAGGGAGACUGCCUUGAGGUUGGCUCGAGCCUCCGAUCUCCUUUUCUGGUGUGCUAACUGACCCCUGGUCAGUCGCUCGCCAGGGAAGGCCGAAAGCGGCGAGGCAGGACAGUGCUGUGACCGAAGUCGAGUCGCGAUGGGAGCUGGCACGGUGGUGUGCGUUCGCGGCUGUGCUGUGGCUUUGGUAAUGCUGGCCGUGGCUGUGACUGGAGUCAGUUUUCCCGGAGUCAGGAACAAGUCCUUCCGCAGCAAUUCAGUGUGCGACAGCUGCGUGGAUGAAAAAGGAUCAUCUGCCUUGGACCGAUGGAAAAUGCCGGUCCAAACCCUAGGAAGGAAGCAAUACUACCUUGGGAUCUUCUUCAAGGCCAACUGGUACCGGGCGAUGCAGUACUGCCGGUACCACAACAUGCACCUGGCCAGCAUACAGAGCGCAGAGGAGAACGACGAGUUGGAGCAGCUCAUCAAGGACAACAGUUUCGGUCACGAACAUUUUUGGAUAUCGGGCACGGACCAGGGCGAGGAGGGCCGCUUCUUCUGGAUCUCCAGUGGCCGACCCAUCACCUUCACCAACUGGAACGCCGGCGAACCCAACAACUUCGAGUACGAGAACGGCGAGCUGGAGCACUGCAUGGAGCUCUGGGACCGCGACGGGAAGGGCAUGAAGUGGAACGACUCACCGUGCUCGUUUGAGACCUAUUUCGUGUGCCAGGUGAACCCGUGACCCGGCGCCCAACUCCUGACCGCCAGGGUCACGGGGUCGUGGACAUCAAUGCCUGCCGGCAGAUGAAUUGGCUUCGUGCAAGGCGGAGUCGUGACGAUGGAUUUUGCGCAAUAUUUUGCAUCAGGGACCGCAUAGUGUGCAUCAGUAUUGGAUUGUCGAUCGCCGGAUGGCAGCUGGAUGAUGCAGCUCACGAUAUGA